AAACCUCCUCUGGUGUGGAAUGUGUUCCCACAGCAGUGACUCACUCAGCAGAGUUGGCCAGGGUUUUUCUUUUAAGGAUUCACUUCCUCCUCUGUGGCUUCAUAUGCAGCUCACGCUGUGAGGAGCACCUGGCAGGACACUCAGGGAUGCCAUUAUUCAUAAUGUUUCUUGUCUGUUGCAGCUCCCCAGGCAGUGCAAGACAACCCAGCUAAGCUUGCAUUCCCAGGACCAGGAGGGAGCCUCAAGCUUUGCCCCCCAGACAUAGCACAAAAGAUAUGGAAUGAAAAGUCAGCAGAGAUUUACCCAAUCAUGAAAAAGUCUACUCGGACACGUCUUGCCCUCAUUAUCUGCAACACAGAGUUUGACAAGCUUUCCAGGAGAGCUGGAGCUGAUGCUGAUAUCAGAGGUAUGAAGAUGCUGCUAGAAGAUCUGGGAUACACCGUGGUUGUUAAAGAAGAUCUCACUGCUUCGGACAUGAAGGCAGAGCUGAGGGCCUUCGCUGCCCGCGAGGAGCACGAGACCUCUGACAGCACGUUUCUGGUGUUCAUGUCCCACGGUAUUCGAGAAGGCAUUUGUGGGAAGAAACACUCUAAGGAAGUCUCCGAUGUAUUAGACAUCGACACCAUCUUUCAAAGUUUGAACACUUAUAAGUGUCCAAGUUUGAAGGACAAACCCAAAGUGAUCAUUAUCCAGGCCUGCCGUGGUGAGAACGAAGGAGUGGUGUGGUUAAAAGAUUCAGCAAAAGGUUCUGAAGACGACUUCUCAUUGGCUCCAGAAGAUUUUGAAUAUGAUGCCACUAAGAAAGCCCAUAUAGAGAAGGAUUUUAUUGCUUUCUGCUCUUCAACACCAGAUAAUGUUUCCUGGAGACAUAAAAAACGGGGUUCUUAUUUUAUUAUUAAACUUAUCAAAAAUUUGCAAGAAUAUGCCUGGUCCUGCGACAUAGAGGAAAUUUUCCGAAAGGUUCGGUUUUCAUUUGAGUCACCUAUUGAUAUGGCACAGAUGCCCACCACCGAAAGAGUGACUUUGACAAGACGUUUCUACCUCUUCCCAGGGCAUUAAUAUAAGUAAGUUGUAUCA